GCGAGGAGGAGGAAGAGGAAGGGCGCCUCCCCACCCCCCACCCCGCGCGCCCCCCUCCUCACUGCAGUCGGCGGGGGCGGAGGCCGCGCAGCCCUGAGGGGGGUGGCCCGCAGUCGCCCCCCUCAGCCGGGAAGGAGCCGCUGAGGCGACCGCCGCCGCCACCACCCUCCUCCUCGGUGGGGGGAGGGGUCCCUCCUCCUCCUCCCCCUCCCCCCCAGCGCCCGAUCCUCCCCUCCCCCCACACCCCCCCCCCAGCAGUCGCCCUUCUCCUCCUCCCCUCCCGCCGCAGCAGUUCCGUUCUUGGGAUCUCCCCCCGCAUCCCGAUUCUUUUUCCGCCUCUCUCUUCUUCUCCCCCCCCCGCUCCCGGCCGCCCCUCCUCCUCUUUCCCGCCGAAGUCUCUCUCGAAGCAGCCGUGCCGGCGGGGCGGGCGGAUUGAUGUGGGGGGGUCUGACAUGAGUCCGCCGGCCGCCGGGUGCUGCCAUGUGACCGGCUUCAAGGUGGAGAACUGGAAGCAGAACCUGCGGGUGAUCUACCAGUGCUUCGUGUGGAGCGGGUCGGCCGAGACCAGGAAGCGCAAGGCAAAGUCGUGCAUCUGUCAUAUGUGUGGGGCCCACCUGAACAGACUUCAUUCUUGCCUGUACUGUGUAUUCUUUGGCUGUUUUACAAAGAAACAUAUUCACGAACACGCAAAGGCAAAACGACACAACUUAGCCAUAGACCUUUUGUAUGGGGGUAUAUACUGCUUUAUGUGUCAAGAUUACAUAUACGACAAAGAUAUGGAACAAAUUGCCAAAGAAGAACAACGGAAAGCUUGGAAGCUACAAGCCUUCACCCCAACAAUGGUUUCUCACUACCAGUGUACAAUGACAGGUAUUGGAGAGAAGUAUUCAACAUGGGAGCCAACCAAACGAGAGUUAGAGCUGCUUCGACACAACCCCAAGCGGAGAAAAAUCACAACCAACUGCACCAUAGGUCUAAGAGGGCUAAUCAAUCUUGGGAACACAUGCUUUAUGAACUGUAUUGUCCAAGCACUUACCCACACUCCACUAUUGCGAGAUUUCUUCCUCUCCGACAGACACAAAUGUGAAAUGCAAAGCCCCAGCUCAUGUCUGGUCUGUGAAAUGUCUACACUUUUUCAGGAGUUCUACUCUGGGCACCGAUCUCCUCACAUUCCAUAUAGGUUAUUGCACCUGGUAUGGACGCACGCACGGCAUUUAGCAGGGUACGAGCAACAGGAUGCGCACGAGUUCCUCAUUGCUGCGUUAGAUGUGCUACAUCGACACUGCAAAGGUGACGAUAAUGGUAAGAAAGCCAACAACCCCAACCACUGUAACUGCAUCAUAGACCAAAUCUUCACAGGUGGACUACAGUCUGACGUCACUUGCCAAGUCUGCCAUGGUGUUUCCACAACGAUAGACCCGUUCUGGGACAUCAGUUUGGACUUGCCGGGUUCCUCUACCCCGUUCUGGCCUCUGAGCCCAGGCAGCGAUGGCAGUGUGGUGAAUGGGGAGAGUCAUGUCUCGGGAACCACCACCCUCACAGACUGCUUGCGAAGAUUUACAAGGCCAGAACACCUAGGAAGCAGUGCCAAAAUCAAAUGUAGCGGUUGCCAUAGCUACCAGGAAUCUACCAAACAACUCACUAUGAAGAAAUUGCCCAUUGUGGCCUGUUUUCAUCUCAAACGGUUUGAACACUCAGCCAAACUGAGGCGAAAGAUCACUACGUACGUUUCCUUUCCUCUGGAGCUGGACAUGACACCUUUUAUGGCCUCCAGUAAAGAGAGCAGAAUGAACGGGCAGUACCAGCAGCCAGCAGAUAGUCUAAACAAUGAUAAUAAGUAUUCCUUGUUUGCAGUCGUUAAUCACCAAGGAACCCUGGAGAGCGGGCACUAUACCAGCUUCAUUCGGCAACACAAGGACCAGUGGUUCAAAUGUGACGACGCCGCCAUCAUCACCAAGGCUAGCAUUAAGGACGUACUAGACAGUGAAGGAUAUUUGCUGUUCUAUCACAAACAGUUCCUGGAGUACGAGUAGCCUCAUCGCCGCUUGAGAGAGAAAGGAAAGGAAGCAACAUGAACGGCAGCCUUCUGAAAAGACACACCAAACUACCUGAAAUGAAAAGACACCCAUUCAACACCUAGCGCUGAGCUGCGUCAGGACCUGCUUGCUGGCUCACAGCCUGGGGGAGUAAGAAACGAACAAUGUCCACCGUGUAUGCAGUCCUGCAAGGACCGAAGAGGGGGAAUAUGUAAAAGAGGCUACACUCAGUGACUUUGAGAGAAGAAAUAGAAUAACGCAAAGAUUGCUCUGGGUGGGGGGAAAUGGGAGCCGGAGUCCAGGCGCUGGCCUAUCUCCCUCCGUUCCUCUGGAAAUGUGUGUGGGAAGGCGGGGGGUGUAACUCUCAUCUCCAUCAAGCAUCUUCUCCAUUGGUGCUUCAGCUCCAACUGACCAAUCAUACGACAGUUCUAGUUUAAACCAACGAAACAAAAAUUCAAGCCCAUUUUUUUUUUAAUUUAAAAAAAAAAACGCCUAUGGGUCUGAAAGCAGUAAAAAUGGAGGAGAAUCGGGACGACGCAACGAAAUGGACUUUGCAAGUACCUUUUUAUUUGUGAAUUUUAGUUAUUAAAUAAAUACAGUAUGAAAUUAUUAGGGCUCUUUGUUUCUCGGCAAGCGUUAAAAAGAAGUCUGGAUUUGGGGAACGGAAGCCACGAUUCUGAGUGAGGUUUCCCAGCAUGCUGAGCCCUGCUGCUUCUGCACAGGUAACUUUGGAUCCGUUGGGACUGCUUGUUGAAAAUGUCCGCUCAGAUUAUUUUUCUGUUUCAGCCCCGCCUUUUUUUUCUAUAAAUAGCUAUUUUCUUAAUUUCCCCCUCCCCUUUUGUUCAUCUUGGGUUUUUUUUUCUCCACGAGAAUGAAAUCCAUAAUUGCAACCAUCAGUAAAAUGAAUGAAUUGGCGUGUUUAUACUGUAAAAGUGGUCUUGAUUGUUUUAUUUUUUGAAGAAAAAAAAAUACUGUGAAUAAGUCUGA